GGAGGCGGCGGGAGAGCGCGCCGUGAAGCCGCUCCGAGUGCCCAGGUCCCUCUCGCCGCCGCCCCGGAGCCCCGCGCUGCACGCCGAGGCCGCCUGCGCCGUCCGUGCGCCCCCGCGCCCCGCGCCCUCCGAGCCGCCGGCCGUCCAGGGCACCCACCCCCAGCCCCAGCCCCCGCCGGGCCGGGAUGGCCGCAGCCCGCGGCUAAGCGAGCCCGGGGGGGCCCCAUGGGCCGGCCCGCGCCGCACCCCGCCCGCGGCCGCCCCCUCUGGCCCGGGCCCCCCCGGGCACCGCGGGCCCAGGCGGCCCGGAUGGCGGUCGCGGCGGCAGGGGCAGGGGCUGGGGCCGGCGCGGCCGCCACUGACGGGUAGUCCGGCGCCCACAGCAGCUGCAGCCGCUCUGGCCUCCUUGCUGUUCCUGGGAUACGCCACGCUCAGUCCGGCCUUGGGGCCUUUGCACUGGCUGUGUCCCCUGCCUGUGAUGCCAUUCUCCUCUGCCUGGCCAACUGCUACGUUUAUUCAACUCUGGACCCUGUCAUCGGCUCCUCAGGAAGGCACUCCGGGACCCCCAGAUGGGGGCGGUUCCCUGUGACUCCUGGCACAGAGCCCAACCCCUUCCUUGUUCAAUGGUUCCUUGAGGGACCAUUCCCAUGUGAUUAUCGACCAUUCAGCAGGCGUUCAAAGUCAAAGGCCCCACACUGAGUCCUGGCCCAGCGCCCUGUACCUGUUGGUUGCUGGAGGGACAGACAGGGGGCGUGCGGCUGACCAUCCCGUGCCUGCAGGCUGAGGAUGCAGCGCUGGAAGGCGGCGGCCUUGGCCUCAGUGCUCUGCAGCUCCGUGCUGUCCAUCUGGAUGUGUCGAGAGGGCCUGCUUCUCAGCCACCGCCUCGGACCCGCGCUGGUCCCCCUGCGCCGCCUGCCUCGAACCCUGGACGCCCGGAUUGCCCGCCUGGCCCAGUACCGUGCACUGCUGCAGGGCGCCCCGGAUGCGGUGGAGCUGCGCGAGCUGACGCCCUGGGCUGGGCGGCCCCCAGGUCCGCGCCGUCGGGAGGGGCCCCGGCGGCGGCGCGCACGUGCGCGGUCGGGGGCGCGGCCGUGCGGGUUGCGCGAGCUGGAGGUGCGCGUGAGCGAGCUGGGCCUGGGCUAUGCGUCCGACGAGACGGUGCUGUUCCGCUACUGCGCAGGCGCCUGCGAGGCUGCCGCGCGCGUCUACGACCUCGGGCUGCGACGACUGCGCCAGCGGCGGCGCCUGCGGCGGGAGCGGGUGCGCGCGCAGCCCUGCUGCCGCCCGACGGCCUACGAGGACGAGGUGUCCUUCUUGGACGCGCACAGCCGCUACCACACUGUGCACGAGCUGUCGGCGCGCGAGUGCGCCUGCGUGUGACCCUACCUCACCCGGCCGGCGCGGCGGCCACUCCCCCCGCCCCGACGGCACCACCGGCCGGCCCCGCGACAGACUGCGCGUGCGUAGAGUACGCCGGCGCGGCCCCGGGACUCUCGCGAUAACUGUACUGAGAUAAAGUGUGGCAACUCGAGCUGGCUGGUGAUUCAUCCUCGGCGAGGGGCUCGCGGGUGGGGCGCGUCGCUGUCUCCGCCGGGAAAGCGGGGACCAGUGGGGGGGCCCAGCUGCAGGGUGGUGGGAGGAUG